UUCGAUCGAGGGAUACAUAGUUCACGAUCAGACUCUACUGUCGAUACCAGGCCUGCCUCCGGCCAUCGUUCAAAUGGAGCUUUGUGGAACUCAAUUCUUCAGCUGCCGGCAAACAUCGGUGUUCCCCAUAGCCGCAAGAUGCACAGCUUUGCAUAGCGUCGGUCGCGUGUGUCUUGUCGUACCUCGAAUUUCUCUCACUUUCAAUCAUGUCUCUGUUUUAUUUCGAAGAGUAAGACCCGUCUCCGUGCCGGUCGUCCAGUUUGUCCGGUCCAAUGGGUCAUUUGCUGCCGCUCGUGCGGUGCCCGUGGCGGAGGAUGUUGAAUCUGCCGAGCAAAAGGAGCGAGUUGGGAAGAAGGGAUUUCAGCUCCUGGGCAACAAGGAGAAGAAGGAGCUGCGGGCGUUUGCCCACUCGUUAGGAAAAGACAUCAACGUGCAGCAGGUAGGAAAGCUUGGCAUCACCCCGACUGUCAUUACAUCUAUCAGUGAUGCUUUGGAAGCGAAUGAGAUCAUCAAGGUCAAAGUGUUGGAGAACUGCUCUAGUGAGCAAGAUGAGAUCAUUGCGCUACUCGAAGAUAGCACAGGAGCACAAACGGUGGGCAAAAUUGGUCGCACAUUACUAUUGUAUAGAGCGAGUCUGAAGAAGCUAGCGGCCACUGAAAAGAAGGCUGAGAAGCCUAAGAGACGAAGCCGAAUUGCCAUGUCAGCCGGACGGAGUACCGUGAAGAGCAGGCGGUCAGCUCAGUAAAGCCCAACGCAUGGCCUCUAUGUAUUGUAUGAAUACGAAUGACAUUCAUCAAGCCCGUCCACUGCUAGGAUUGUGAUGACUUCAAGACGCAACCCCAGUUGGGUAGAAGAAGUCCUGCUCACGAGAAAGCCAUUCCGUUUACUCUAUAGUGUAGUCUUGUAGCUGUUUAGAAUGAUUAUUGAAAAAUUUGGAAUGAUGGUCUGGUGUAAACUUCAUCAUUUACAGUCAAUUAGUCUAGAAAAAUUACUGACGUUCCGAAUCUACUAGAGAAAGUAGACACCCCCAUUCAGUCAUUUGACAGUGUAUCUUUAUUAGGUAAAUACGGGCAUCUUGUGCAAAGUCUGGUCAGUGUUCUGAUUAAAUUCUUUAGCGAAGAAGACUGAACCUUACCAGUUACUGAACCUUACAUUAUAUACCCAAACUUUGAGACUCGCAUUAAUCUGUUCAGAUGUACUGCGUGAGGAAUAAAAUGAGGAACAUCGCUGACUAUCUUGACACUCUGAAAUCUUGUACUGAUUAACUUGUGGUGCGUGGUUUUAGACUCGCAUGUU